AGGUUACUGUUAAAGAAGAACGUUAAUGUUGAUCUAUGUGACACAGGUGGGGCCACUGCACUGUUCAUUGCAUGUUUUCAAGGGAAUACGUCUUUUGUGAGUAUGUUAUUGGAGAAGAACGCUAAUAUUGAUGUAUGCACCAAAAAUGGAAGUAGUCCUCUGUACGUAGCAAGUCAAGAAGGCCACGCUAAUGUUGUAAGAUUGCUCUUAGAAAGAAAACCUAAUAUUAAUCUUUGUAACAUAGAUAAGGUCAGUGCACUAGCCAUUGCAAGUUAUUAUGGGUAUUUAACUGUCGUGAGCAUGCUAUUAGAGAAGAAUCCUUAUGUAAAUUUUUGUGAUAAAAAUGGGUGUAGUCCUCUGUUCAUGGCAAGUGCAAACGGACAUACUGGUGUAGUGAGAUUGCUUUUAGAGAGGAACCCAAAUGUUAAUCUUUGUAAUAGAGAACACUGUAGUCCUCUGUGGAUUGCAAUUGCAAAAGGACAUACUGAUAUAGUAAGGUUACUAUUAGAGAGGAAAUCUAAUGUUGAUCUAUGUAACAUCAAUGGCUGCAGUCCAUUGUAUUUGGUAAGUGUGAAAGGACAAACUGGUAUACUAAGGCUACUGUUAGAGAAAAGUCCUAACAUAGAUCUGUGUGAUAUAGAUGGGAAUAGUCCUCAGAUAAUGGCAAGUCGGACUGGGCAUACUAGUAUAGUAAGGUUACUGUUAGAGGGGAAUGCUAAUAUUAACUUAUGUGACACUCAUGGCAGAAGUCCUCGGAUAAUGGCAAGUUGGUUUGGGCAUACUGAUGUAGUAAGGUUACUGUUAGAGUGGAAUGCUAAUGUUGAUCUAUCUAACGCUGAUGGUAUUAGUCCUCUGUUAAUGGCAAUUAUGAUUGGAUACACUGAUACAGCGAGGUUGCUGUUAGAGAAUGAUCCUAACGUUGAUCAAUGUGACAAUACUGGCUGUAGUCCUUUAUUAAUGGCAAUUCAAAACGAACAUGCUGAUAUAGUAAAGUUGCUAUUACAGAAGAACCCUAACAUUAAUCUAUGUAGAGAUGAUGGCUUUACACCGCUGAUCACAUCAUGCGCCACCAACAACACCAGUAUAGUACAGCUAUUGAUUCAACAUAACCCGAAACCGAACAUUAAUGCCCAGACAAAUGAUGGUGGUAAUGCUUUAUAUUUCAGUUCAAUUAAUGGAAAUGUAGAAAUAACUCGGUUACUUUUAGAGAACAAUGCUAACUGUAAUAGUUGUAUCCAUGGGAAACAUUAUAUAACCGAUAUAUUAAGUAACCAUCCAACGAUAACAUUAGACCAAGUAAAAAAAAAUUGUUUUGAUUGUCUUGCAAAUAAUGGGUCAUCAGAUAUAAAAGAUUAUGUCAGUAGGAAGUCAGCAGAUUAUUCCUUUGAUGUAGAAGCUGGGUCUUCUCCAUUGCACAUUGCCUGUUUUAUUGGUAGGAAAGAUGUAGUCAGUUGUCUUCUGGAUCACCAUGCUAACAUCAAUUUGAAAAAAGAAGAUGGCACCACACCAUUGUUUUAUGCAUGUGAAGUAGGACAUGAUGAUAUUGUACGAUUAUUGUUAGGCAAAGGAGCAGAUACAGGCAUAUGUAAAAUUGAUGGGAAAUUCCCUUUGACCAUUGCAAUUGAUAAUGGACAUAGAUCUGUGAUAGAUAUGAUGAAAGCACACAUUCUAUAUCAUAUGCUUUUGGUAUUGAUGGGUCAUGUUUGAUUUCAAUCGUUCAGUCCUAAUGUACAUUUUUCAAUUUUGUACUGGUACUAGAUUAUGAACCUAGCUACCUGAAAUUUGUGUCAUGGCUUUAUCAGUUUAAAUAAAAAAAUCAGAAAGAUAUUGAUUGAGGGAUUGAAGAUGACAAUGCUAAGAUUACAAAACAAACAACAAAAAAGUCGGUUGAAUUCUACAAAAAUAAAGUACUAUUAAGUUUUUGAUUAUUUCUUGAGUAUAUUAGUCUUAUUUGUUUCCUAUAUGAAUUAUGUACUUUGAAUACAUAACCUUCCUGGAGAAAAAAGAUAAUCAUUGAUUUCCAACAGAGUGAUUAAAUUCAACAGGGACAAUUGAUGAUCAAUGCCAAAUGGAAAAAACAAUAUUAAGACAAUGAUAACUGGAUAUCACAAUCAAUUAUAGAAAGAACAAAAGUAGCAAAAUAUCAACAGAAGAUAUGAUGGCAUGAUCAAUUCAAAAACUAUAAGAAAGUGGCAAUUGAAGAUCGACCGAAACAAAAUGGAGAAAAACUAACAUAGUAUAAAUGGAAGAUCUGACAUCAUAAUCGGUUUGACUAAUAGUAAGAAGGUGAUUACCAGAUGUCUAACAUUGAUAAAAAGCAAAACAACAAAAAGUAACAACAAAAAAACCGUAAUAGAAGUUGCAAUUGAAUAUCUGACAUCUACAAAAGAUCGAAAAAGAAAAAAAGAAAAAAAGUGAAAGCAAAGGUCUGACAUAAACACAGGAUGAGUAAAUAAUAUAGUAGAUACAACUCAAAUAGAAAUAGAUAAUUAAAAAGUAAUGAAAAAACCCCGAUGUUUUGGAAUCAAAACCAAUGACAAAGGUGGUAAGAGAUGAACGAAGAUCUUUAAUGACAGAAUGGAGAAACACAAAUGUAAUGAGGCAAAACCAGGAGAUCUGACAUCCCCAACAAUAUAUAUGAAAUCAUAAAAAAGCACAAAGGUAACGAAGUUACUACAGAAGUUCUUACUUUAAUAGAUAAACAAAAAACCCUGAAAGGUAAAAAAAAAUACAAGAAACACUUUGACAACUAAAAAAGCUAAAAAGCUUAAAGACAUGAAAUGGAUUGAAAUUGGACCUUCAAACGCAAGUUAAUUUAGAUUUUCAUCAUUUAGGCAUAAACAGUUCCAAAAUUAGUGUUGUUGGUUGUUUACAGCUGUUAAUUUGUUGACGUAAUUUUUUCUUACAUUUCUUAACAUUGACCCGAUCAUUUUCUGUCAAUUACGUUCCAAGAUAGCUAAAGACUCCUAAUCAACCUUAUUGACACAAACAACAGCUCAAUUUGAUUGAUACAUGCAAAUAGCUUCAGAAAAGCUAAAUAUUCCAUGUGUAAUUUUGUCCUUUCUGUAUAAAAAAAACUCUAUGUAUUGCCUUGUGUCAAUAUCACUGUAAUGGUGUAUACAUUGAGUAUACAAUAUCCGAAUUACUAGAAAACAGAUGAAACCAUAAACAUAAUAAACACACAAAUGAAUCAACAUGCUAUCCCAGUAGUUAUCUUUAUGUAAAGGUGUGAAUAUCUGUGAUCACUUCAUCAAGGAAUUAUAGUUGUUAUUUGUUUCUUUAAUAAUCUUACCCAAAAUCAAAACAUUAGCAAGUUAAAGAAAUUUUGAUAAUAUCAUCCUAAAAUUACUACUUUGUUUGACAUCAUUUCAAUGUGUACUUUUCAAAACCUCCUCGAAACAAACGUCUCCCCAACAUCGAUAGCCCCUAAAUGCAAAACAUACUUCAGUGAAGGAGCAAACUAUAGGUAGAAAGUAUUUUGAAUAGAAGUUAGAAAACAUUUUAUAUGACUUUCAAUGAAAAAAUGUAAUAUUAUGUAGCAUUGUAGUUAGAUUGUUCGUAUAUUUUGUUACAGAAUGUGCUUAUCAUAUUUAAGAAAAAGUUAGGUUCAUGUGCUACAGUGUGAUGUUUUUGUUCAAUAAUCAUGUAUUUUUUUUUUAUCUAAAAUGAAAUAAAUUAAAAAUAUUUUAUACCCAUUUUAGCACUUUUACUACAACUAUCUUGCAAACUUUCAUUGAUGGACAGGAUCUUUAGAUUAUCAGCAGUUUUUGACACAUUUUAGAAUGUUAGCUUUUCAUAUUGAAAUUAUGAUAGGUAGGCAAAAUCUGUAAUCCACAAAACCAAUUAACAAAACACUGCAAAAAUGCCAAUAUAAUGAAACUUCAAACAACUCCGUAUGAGAGUUGUUGUCCUUGAAUACAGAAUUUUCACCGUUUCAGAGUUUCUGUCCAUGAAGCAUGUUUAAAUCAGUGUGAUUUGGUUCUAUUAAACAGCCAUAAGGGGUUCACCAUAUUCUCUUGACAUGUUGUUUUCAGCAUAUUCUUUUUGACAUGUUAUGUUAUUUGUGAUAUUUUGAUGUAAUCUUAUUUUAUCAUUUACCUCCUCAACAGUGUUUGUAAAUUUUAUCUAAUCACUAUAGCGCUAUAGAUUCAUUGGGAAAAAUAUCUUUAUGACACUUUAUGUCUACUUACUGUCAGUGACUGAUUAUGUAGAUAUAGUCUAAUGUUCAAUAGCUGUCAAUGUAUUUGUAUAUACAUAUAUAUCAUGUAUAUAAUGUAGUCUUAUUUGUAAUACUAUUGUGUUUUUAUUGAAAAAAUAUUUUUCUGUGACCUAACAUUGAAUCACUGCCUUUUGUCUUGUAAAGAUAUUUCGAUGUACCCUAAUGUUUAAUGAUUGACACUAUGUGUGUAAAGAAAUAUAUUAUUUUGGUUUUAUAAUGACUGUCGGUAUCAUUGUGUAUAUAUAGACAGAUGAUUUUAAUGUAACCUUAGGUUUGAUAAUUUUCAAUGUGUUUCUACAUGUAGAAACAUAGAUUUUGAUGUUAACUUAUUUUCAACUACUAUCACUUUGUUUAUAUUGAAACAUAUAAUUUACUAUAACUUUUAAUAUCUCUAUCUGAGUUGACAAAAGGCGAUAUUUUCAAUCCAUCUGAGUGUGGCUAAUGGCAUUAUUUUUAUAUAAAGACAUCUUGUUAUUUAAACCUUGUCGAUUGUCAUAGUAUUUGUAAACUCCAGUAUUUAUUUGCACCAGUGUAAAUAGCUGUCAUUGUGUAACACAUGUACAAACAAAUAUUUUGCUCAAACUUUCAGUUUAAUUACUGCAAUAGUUUUUGAAUAGAGUAAAACUUACAGUUAUCAUAACAUUUAAAGACUGUUCCCAUGUUUUUAUAUUGAUAUACUUGUUCUUUAGUUAUAGGAGUAAAAUUGGCUAAAUAUAUAUUUUUGCUUUAAUGCUUCAAACCAUUUGAAAAUAAUAAUCGUUUGACUCAUAGAUUAAAGACCCCAUUAAAGAUGUUCCACAUGGCUUGCAUAUUCAUUAUUCUACGUAGGUGAAUUAAUUCUUUGGCAUCCCAACAUCAUGCAAGGCACCGAUCAUUUAUCUUUUGUAUGAGGUCAUGUGUUAUUUUCUCAAUGGGAGAUUCAAUGUCAUAUUUUUUUUCUUGCAAAUUUUCAAAUGCUAAAAGAACAUGCUCCUACCCACCCAUCCCCCUUUACAAAAGAUUGACGGCCGGCCUAAUCCAUUGUGUAUAUUGAUUCUUAAUGUUUCCUUUAAAAAAAUUAGAUUUUGCAAUUGCUACUUAUCAUUCGUAUUUUUAUUUACAGUUUAAAAAAGCAUGCCUUUACACUAAAUGUACUUUUUGUUAAGGUUUCUGUUUUAUGUAUAUUGUGUAAUGCUUUGAAAUGCACAAGUUUUAAAAUCUUUAAUUUCCUGAAACAUUUUUCUUUUAUCCUCAAAAUAAAAUAUAAAGCAGUAAGACAUUUUAGAGUAUGUUUAGAAAGAAUGCAUUAAAUCUUCAUGUUGAAAUUUCUUAUAGAUUUAUAGUAUUUCUCAACAUAUAGUACUUUGAAAUGUCUAGAUUUUGAAAUGUAGUUAUUUUUUUCAGACAGAAACAACUGAUACCACUUGAAUUCAGAAUUUUUCAUUCAUCAUUAGCUAUCAUUUAGUAUUUUUCCUUACUUUGUGAGGAUUUUCUGUGAGGUUUUGUAUUAUGAUUUUAGCUAGGGAGUUUUUUUUUACCAAAAGUAUAAUAUGUGUAUGGUAAAUCUUGUUUUUUUAAUACAAUUGUACAUAUAAUAUGUGUAUGGCGAGUCUUGUUUUUAAUACCAUUGUACAUAUACUAUGUGUAUGGUGAAUCUUGUUUUUACAUACAAUUGUACAUAUAAUAUGUGUAUGGUGAAUCUUGUUUUUAAGACGACUGUACAUUUAAUAAGUGUAUGGUAAAUCUUGUUUUAAGACGAUUGUACAUAUUAUAUGUGUAUUGUGAAUCUUGUUUUUAAUACCAUUGUACAUUUGUACUGUUACUGCAAUCAAUGCCAUGAAACAAGCAGUUUGGUUGUGAAUGCGAAAUGUUCAACAUGUAAAAUUAUGAAGUGAUAGUAUUGUUAGUGCAUGAAUAUUAUGGCCAUUAUUUUAUGUCAAAGCUCUAACUUUAACUAUGAGUUUAAAAUGCUUCUUUGUGAUUAUUUUGUAUUAUUACAGAUGUAAUGCAAGUCUGAUAUGACUGAGUUGAGUUAUUAUGCACGAGACAAAUAUUGGUUUAUUAGGUUUGAGAGUUCUUGAUGGAAGUAAAUCCAGAUAUGCACUUCGGAUGCACCAACUUUAUAAAAUACACAUAACAAUGUAAAUAUCAAAAUAUUCAGUGAAAAGAAACAAUUGUUUGUAUUGUACAUAUCAUGUUAUAUCAAUUAUAAUACCAUUAUUGUUUGUGUAUAAAUCUAAUUUCAGUACAAUUUUAAGUUUCUUUUUUUAUCGGUAUACAUGGCAACAAAUCCUUGAGCCAUCCAUUAAAUUUCAUAGAAUUGAGAUGAACUAUACCGAUAGCUGAUUAACAAUUUCAAAUCUAAUUUCUUGAAGAUCGUGUAAUCAAUUGGACAAGUACUUCCAAUGCUUUUUUGUUCACUUCCCUAGAAUGACCCUCUGUCGUUUGGUAUUUGUCAAAGUUAAAAAUAAAAUCUUCUCUAAUCUAUUUUAUGGUAUUCAUAACUUUGCACUCAACUUGGUGUACCUUUACUAAAAAUCAGAAAAAUAAGUUGAAUUGUUUUCUGCUUAGAUAUAGAAGAAUGAAAAUUGUUUUAAAAAAUGUGUAUUCAUAUAGAAUGCAUUGAAAAUUGAUAAAGGAAAUGUUCAAUUAAUAAAAUAAAAAAAUAAUUAUAUUUUUUAUCUAGUAAACAAAAUUCAUAUAUUCUAAUAUAUUAUUUGAAUGGGUAUUUAUGUAAAUAAUGAGGGUUUUUUUUUUUCAAUUGGACAAACGCAAACUUUAGCAAAUGAUAUAAUCAUAUAAAUGUGAAUUAUUUUGUAAAAAUGUUUCUCAUAAGCCAACUCAAAGGCUGGGUAUUGAUUGUUUUAGAGCUAAUUUCCUAAUGCUUGUAGGUUAAGACUUUGGUUUGCUUGAUUGCUUUGUUUGCCUAAACGUUUUCUCAAGCAUUGUAAUUAAGUUUAACAUCUGCAAACAAUCUACAAUGUAAGUAGGCGUAUUUAAACCCUUAUAUAGUUAAAUUUGAUAAUUUGAUAAUGUCAAAUUAAAUCUGAAUAUAAUAGAUAUAAGAAGAUGUGGUAUGAGUGCCAAUGAGACAACUCUCCAUCCAAGUCACAAUUUGUAAAAGUAAACCAUUAUAGGUCAAAGUACGGCCUCCAACAAGGAGCCUUGGCUCACACCGAACAGCAAGCUAUAAAGGGCACAAAAAAUGACUAGUGUAAAACCAUUCAAACAGGAAAACCAACGGUUUAAUCUAUAUAUAAAACGAGAAACGAGAAACACUUAUGAACCACAUUAACAAACGACAACCACUGAACAUACAUAUUAACUCUGCUUAUUUAUAUUUUUGCAGAUGCUUAAUUACAAUUCCUGAGCAAACGUUUAUUCAAACAAAGCAAGCAAGCAAGCCAACCAAAGUUUUAAUCUGGAUGCAUUAGGAAAUUAGCUCUACUGUAUAUUUUAUCAUGUUUUGUAUAAUGUACUAUCAAUGUGUGACUCAACAAUUAAAUAGAAUUUAUUUA